CGUCAAAGAACAUAACAGUAUAGUGAGUGUUUGAUUGUCUUUUUUUCUGCUAGGUCAGUUGGGUUACUCCCUGUGUAACUUUGAGAUCGACCUUUGUUACUGGGAGCAGUUGACCACCGACGAGUUUGAUUGGAGGAGGAAUCAAGGGGAUACAUCCAGCGAAGGAACAGGACCUGAAGUAGACCACACCUUUGGCACAGAUGAAGGUUAUUACAUCUACACGGAAGCAAGUAACCCUAGGAAGUUGGGAGAAAGAGCAAGACUUGCUAGUUUUACAAUUGCGGGAUCGCGUAUUAGCGUGUGUUCGAUGAGAUUUUUUUAUCACAUGCGUGGAAUCGGUAUGGGUACAAUGACUGUCUAUACCAGGACACAAGUAAAUGGACCUCUCACUAAAGUAUGGUCCAUGUCAGGUAAUCUAGGCAACGAGUGGUUCUUCCAAACACUAGACAUACAGAGCACUGUCGACUAUCAGAUUAUCAUAGAAGGUAGUAUUGGUACGACGGUAGACGGUGAUAUGGCUCUAGAUGAUAUCAGCUUAACACCAGAAUGUGUGCCAGCUGCAGAGAGUCUCCCAGCAAUAUCAACUGUGCCUCCCAUCCAAGGCUACACAUGUACCGAUGGGCUGGUGAUCGACGACGAAAACGUGUGCGAUUUCAGGGAAGACUGUUCUGACGGACUCGAUGAAAGCACGUGUCCUGCGACAUGUGAUUUUGAGGCUGGUUUGUGUGAGUGGUAUCAUGAUGCGAGUCUCGAUCUGAACUGGACAAUGUUCAUGAACAAUGAACCCGAGUGGUAUUACGGUCCAGGAGCCGACCACACCCUAAAUAGUGUUAACGGUCACUAUCUCUACAUUGACGACACCUACAGCGAAGUCGAUCAAAAAGCCAUCAUCCGUAGCCCAACCUACCAGAUGGCUGCCCGACGUUGCAUCUUCUCCAUGUGGUACUACGCCUACGGCGUGGAUAUGGGUACCCUGAAGGUUCUCCAGUAUACCCCAUCGAACGACCGAAACUACAACCUCAUGACCGUAGUCGAUAUCGGCGAAGACAAGUCCACCAAGGAUCGAUGGAACCUGUACGAAGUCCAAGUGGAAGCUUGCGCUGAAAACUUUCAGCUUUCGAUUGAAGCAAAGGACAGAUAUGACUACUCGAACACGGGAGGUUACGCAAUUGACGAUCUAAGAUUCGAGGGGUGUGCGUAUACCCUCCCUUUACCACCAGGGGGGUCGUGUGAUGCCGAUACAGAGGAGACGUGCGACUCGGGGCAUUGUUAUCCUAAGAGUGAGAGAUGUGACUAUACACCAAACUGCUGUGAUGGCACGGACGAGUCGACCCAAAAUUGCGCUGAUUACACGAUGUGUGACUUCGAGACGAGCAUGUGUUACUGGGGACAGCUCACUGAUGACACUUUAGAGUGGACCAGAAAGACCGGUGGAACGGGUACCGGUAAUACUGGUCCAUGGAUAGAUCAUACUACCGCUAGUAACAGCGGUUAUUUCAUCUAUACUGAGGUCGAUGAUGCAUUUCCAGGUGACACGUACAGAAUCGGAAGCUUUUACAUACAACCUACUUCAUCAGGGUGCGAGAUUCGUUUCUACCACCACAUGCGAGGUUCAGGGAUUGGAACCCUGAACAUGUACACCCGGACCAAGAUCGAUGGACCGAUGACUCGUCUGUGGUACAGUGAUACUGCCCAUGGGAACUACUGGCUCUAUCAGAGGGUAUCACUUACCAGUGAAGAUGCCUUCCAGGUGGUAUUUGAAGGAGUGAGAGGGUCGACUAAUUUGGGCGAUAUAGCUCUGGACGAUAUCACCUUUACUCCAGAGUGCGUCGAGUCGAAAGAGCCCCUACCUCCUGCCGACGUGAUCCCUACCCAACCAAAUCAUUGUGAGCUCGGCAUGCGACCAUGUGACAUAGAUCAGUGCAUCGAUGAGUCGUAUUACUGUGACUUCAAUCCAGACUGUCCCGUUGGUGGCGAAGACGAACUAUACUGCCCUUCUACUUGUGAUUUCGAUACGGUGGGGAUCCUGAGCACGUGUUACUGGAGUCAAGACGUCAAAGAUGAUUUUGACUGGUCGUGGUUCAACGCCCCUGAGAUGGAAGACAGUUACAAUGGCCCUAGGUAUGAUCAUACCACGGCUUCAACGUCAGGACACUACAUCUACGUGGAUGGAACAAUCUCCUCCAUCAAUACAUACGCCAAGCUCGUCAGUCCCAUCUACAAGAAAACAAAUAGGGGCUGCACCUUCAGCAUGUAUUAUUACAUGUUUGGUGUCGAGUAUGGGGACCUAGAGAUUCGUCUCAUUGACCAGGAGGGAAUGGAUAUUCGUUUGACAAAGGUCGGUGACAACGCACUGGAUUACAAUAAAUGGAUCCUCAGCGAAUCGUUGAUUCCAGCAUGUACCAAGAACUUCCAAAUCGUCAUCGAGGCCGAAGACCGACAAGUCCUACCUACCGAGGGCGGUUUCGCGGUCGACGACAUCGCCUUGAAAGACUGUUACUACCCGCCAGAGGUAGACUCUGGCUCUUGUGGUUUACAAGCUCAGUGCGAUGCAGGCGAGUGCUACCCGGCCGAGAACCAGUGUGAUUUCACUCAAGAUUGCUGUGAUAUGUCGGAUGAGGACCCUCAAACAUGCAGUCAGUUGGGUUACUCCCUGUGUAACUUUGAGAUCGACCUUUGUUACUGGGAGCAGUUGACCACCGAUGAGUUUGAUUGGAGGAGGAAUCAAGGGGAUACAUCCAGCGAAGGAACAGGGCCUGACGUGGACCACACCUUUGGCACAGAUGAAGGUUAUUACAUCUACACGGAAGCAAGUAACCCUAAGAAGUUGGGAGAAAGAGCAAGACUUGCUAGUUUUACAAUUACGGGAUCACGUAUCAGCGUGUGUUCGAUGAGGUUUUUUUAUCACAUGCGUGGAAUCGGUAUGGGUACAAUGACUGUUUAUACCAGGACACAAGUAAAUGGACCUCUCACUAAAGUAUGGUCCAUGUCACGUAAUCUAGGCGACGAGUGGUUCUUCCAAACACUAGACAUCCAGAGCACUGUCGACUAUCAGAUUAUCAUAGAAGGUAGUAUAGGUACGACGACAGACGGUGAUAUGGCUCUAGAUGAUAUCAGCUUAACACCAGAAUGUGUGCCAGCUGCAGAGAGUCUCCCUGAAAUACCAACUGUGCCUCCCAUCCAAGGCUACACAUGUACCGAUGGGCUGGUGAUCGACGACGAAAACGUGUGCGAUUUCAGGGAAGACUGUUCUGACGGCCUCGAUGAAAGCACGUGUCCUGCGACAUGUGAUUUUGAGGCUGGUUUGUGUGAGUGGUAUCAUGAUGCGAGUCUCGAUCUGAACUGGACAAUGUUCAUGAACAAUGAACCCGAGUGGUAUUACGGUCCAGGAGCCGACCACACCCUAAACAGUGUUAACGGUCACUAUCUCUACAUUGACGACACCUACAGCGAAGUCGAUCAAAAAGCCAUCAUCCGUAGCCCAACCUACCAGAUGGCUGCCCGACGUUGCAUCUUCUCCAUGUGGUACUACGCCUACGGCGUGGAUAUGGGUACCCUGAAGGUUCUCCAGUAUACCCCAUCGAACGACCGAAACUACAACCUCAUGACCGUAGUCGAUAUCGGCGAAGACAAGUCCACCAAGGAUCGAUGGAACCUGUACGAAGUCCAAGUGGAAGCUUGCGCUGAAAACUUUCAGCUUUCGAUUGAAGCAAAGGACAGAUAUGACUACUCGAACACGGGAGGUUACGCAAUUGACGAUCUAAGAUUCGAGGGGUGUGCGUAUACCCUCCCUUUACCACCAGGGGGGUCGUGUGAUGCCGAUACAGAGGAGACGUGCGACUCGGGGCAUUGUUAUCCUAAGAGUGAGAGAUGUGACUAUACACCAAACUGCUGUGAUGGCACGGACGAGUCGACCCAAAAUUGCGCUGAUUACACGAUGUGUGACUUCGAGACGAGCAUGUGUUACUGGGGACAGCUCACUGAUGACACUUUAGAUUGGACCAGAAAGACCGGUGGAACGGGUACCGGUAAUACUGGUCCAUGGAUAGAUCAUACUACCGCUAGUAACAACGGUUAUUUCAUCUAUACUGAGGUCGAUGAUGCAUUUCCAGGUGACACGUACAGAAUCGGAAGCUUUUACAUACAACCUACUUCAUCAGGGUGCGAGAUUCGUUUCUACCACCACAUGCGAGGUUCAGGGAUUGGAACCCUGAACAUGUACACCCGGACCAAGAUCGAUGGACCGAUGACUCGUCUGUGGUACAGUGAUACUGCCCAUGGGAACUACUGGCUCUAUCAGAGGGUAUCACUUACCAGUGAAGAUGCCUUCCAGGUGGUAUUUGAAGGAGUGAGAGGGUCGAGUAAUUUGGGCGAUAUAGCUCUGGACGACAUCACCUUUACUCCAGAGUGCGUCGAGUCAAAGGAGCCCCUACCUCCUGCCGACGUGAUCCCUACCCAACCAAAUCAUUGUGAGCUCGGCAUGCGACCGUGUGACACAGAUCAGUGCAUCGAUGAAUCGUAUUACUGUGACUUCAAUCCAGACUGUCCCGUCGGUGGCGAAGAUGAACUAUACUGCCCUUCUACUUGUGAUUUCGAUACGGUGGGUAUCCUGAGCACGUGUUACUGGAGUCAAGACGUCAAAGAUGAUUUUGACUGGUCGUGGUUCAACGCUCCUGAGAUGGAAGACAGUUACAAUGGCCCUAGGUAUGAUCAUACCACGGCUUCAACGUCAGGACACUAUAUCUACGUGGAUGGAACAAUCUCCUCCAUCAAUACAUUUGCCAAACUCGUCAGUCCCAUCUACAAGAAAGCGAAUAGGGGCUGCACCUUCAGCAUGUACUAUUACAUGUUUGGUGUCGAGUAUGGGGACCUCGAGAUUCGUCUCAUUGAUCAGGAGGGACUGGAUAUUCGUUUGACAAAGGUCGGUGACAACGCACUGGAUUACAAUAAAUGGAUCCUCAGCGAAUCGUUGAUUCCAGCAUGUACCAAGAACUUCCAAAUCGUCAUCGAGGCCGAAGACCGACAAGUCCUACCUACCGAGGGCGGUUUCGCGGUCGACGACAUCGCCUUGAAAGACUGUUACUACCCGCCAGAGGUAGACUCUGGCUCUUGUGGUUUACAAGCUCAGUGCGAUGCAGGCGAGUGCUACCCGGCCGAGAACCAGUGUGAUUUCACUCAAGAUUGCUGUGAUAUGUCGGAUGAGGACCCUCAAACAUGCAGUCAGUUGGGUUACUCCCUGUGUAACUUUGAGAUCGACCUUUGUUACUGGGAGCAGUUGACCACCGAUGAGUUUGAUUGGAGGAGGAAUCAAGGGGAUACAUCCAGCGAAGGAACAGGGCCUGACGUGGACCACACCUUUGGCACAGAUGAAGGUUAUUACAUCUACACGGAAGCAAGUAACCCUAAGAAGUUGGGAGAAAGAGCAAGACUUGCUAGUUUUACAAUUACGGGAUCACGUAUCAGCGUGUGUUCGAUGAGAUUUUUUUAUCACAUGCGUGGAAUCGGUAUGGGUACAAUGACUGUCUAUACCAGGACACAAGUAAAUGGACCUCUCACUAAAGUAUGGUCCAUGUCACGUAAUCUAGGCGACGAGUGGUUCUUCCAAACCCUAGACAUCCAGAGCACUGUCGACUAUCAGAUUAUCAUAGAAGGUAGUAUUGGUACGACGACAGACGGUGAUAUGGCGCUAGAUGAUAUAAGCUUAACACCAGAAUGUGUGCCAGCUGCAGAGAGUCUCCCAGCAAUACCAACUGUGCCUCCCACACAAGUAACUUGCACAGGAGGGCAGCUCCCCUGUAACAUGGGCUGCAUUAAUGAAUCAUCUUACUGUGAUUUCAAACAUGACUGUCUCCCUGGCCAGGAAGAUGAAGUCACAUGUCCUGUGUUCUGUGAUUUUGAGUCUGACAUGUGCUACUGGACCCAAGCCAGUGAUAAUGGUGUGGACUGGACCUGGUACAAUCACGGUGAAGAUCCAGCUACUUACAACGGACCAGAUAAUGACCAUACCACAGGUGGUGCCAGCGGUCACUACAUCUAUGUGGAUGGAUCCAUUUCAAGACUGAGCCAGAAAGCCAAGAUCAUCAGUCCCAUGUAUAAGAAGUCGAAGAGGGGUUGUGUCCUCACCCUCUGGUACUACAUGUUCGGGAUCGAGUAUGGUGACCUAGAAGUCCGUCUGAUGACACAGGACGGCCAGGACUACCGGCUCACCAAGGCAAACGAUGGCGCCUCCGAUUACAACAAAUGGCAGAUACACGUCACCGAGAUACCACCAUGCUCGACAAAUUUUCAGGUCGCAGUAGAAUCCGAGGACAGACAACAAGUCCCAAGUGAGGGCGGCUUUGCUGUGGAUGAUCUGUUGUUCCAGGAUUGCGAAUACCCUGAGAUUGUCGCGCCGGGCUCGUGCGGGAUCGGGAAUGAUCAGUGUGCCAGCGGCGAAUGCUACCCGACUAGUCAGAUGUGUGACUAUACCGCGGACUGCUGUGACCUGACGGACGAACAGGGUUGCGAAUCUCGUGGUUAUACCAUGUGCGACUUUGAGGAUGGUGUUUGUAAUUGGGAUCAACUCGGGACUGACGAGUUUGACUGGACUCGCCGGACGGGACCAACCAGUAGUGAUGGAACUGGCCCAAGCUCGGACCAUACCACUGGUUCAGGAUACUAUUUGUACACUGAAGCAAGUAAUCCGAGAAGAAAUGGAGAGCGGGCCAAACUGGCUAGUUAUAACAUUCAAUCAACGAUAACGGGACAGUGUGUAAUCCGAUUUUUCUACCACAUGGAAGGGAUAGGUAUUGGCACUCUCAAUGUAUAUACCAGGACGUCUAUUAAUGGCCCGAUGACGAUGCUCUGGACUAAGGAGAGGGCGAUUGGAGGCGAGUGGGUUUACCAGACCAUUCCCCUCCGAAGCAGCAGCGACUUCCAGGUCAUCAUUGAAGGCGUGAUCGGAUAUACUACCGAUAGCGACAUCGGAUUGGACGACGUCAGCUUCACGCCCGACUGCGAGCGAUUCGUAGGCAACCUGCCAGUUGUUGCUACCGAAGUGAACACCCAGCCCACGGGCCGGACUGUUGACUUCUGUCGAGAGUCAGGAAACGUGUACUGCGCAGCAGAUCGUAAGUGUAUCGCUGAGGACUUGUUCUGCGACGGUGAAAACGACUGCUCUGACGGAUCCGACGAGCUAUCGUGCCCUAUCCCGACGAGCGAUAAUACGGGCCUUAUCAUUGGUUUGAGCGUCACGUUUGGCUUGGCUUUUCUGGUGGCCGUUUCAUUAGGCGCUGUAUACUUCAUCAGGAAGAAUCAGAGGAAAACAAGCGAUCCUGCAACUACGGGAGCAUCCUUCUCGACUGGGAUGUCAAAUCCAGGAUAUGCCGGUGAAAAACCAAACAACAACGAGAUUGCAUUCUCAAUGGAUCGGUCGGAUGCUUGAUCAGUAUCUAUGGUAACGGUUGUCAAGGCAACAUAAGUAUGAGAGUGGUUGGAUUAUCUCAGUCUGACUUCUUACUACAUCUGUGAGAUAAUGAUACAAAAUGUCAAGUUUUUAUUUCUACGAUUAAAAUAAAGAACUCCUGUUGAUGGGAUUCUGGCCCCUGAGGACAAUGGCAUGUCUAGUUUAUAUUUACAUUUUCACUUCAUCUUUAAGAUUUAUAUUCCGUAUUACAAUGUUUAAAUUGUUAUAGUAUGACCACUUUAUCUUUAUCAUGUUUGUUGUUGCUACAUUUUUUUAAUGGAAUUGGAAAGAAGAACAUGAAAUUGAUUUAGAUCUUAAAUUGUCCGACACAUUAAUUUUUCUCCAAUACAAUCAGCUAUCACUGGGUUUGGUUUGGUGUGAUGGUUUGUUUUACCUGACUGCUAAGAAAGCACGUGUAUAUGCUUGUAAGUAAGCAACCAGGGGACCGACGGUUUUAAGUCCUCUCAGGUGGACUUGCUAAUGAGGAUUCAUGCCUUACCAAAGUCUUCGUUACUAUUUUGCAUAAUCCAUGUACAUGUGGAUAUCAAUUAAUAGUGUAAAUAAACCUUGAUGAAUACAAACAAAUUCAAAUCUAAUUUCAUAUAUUGACCCAUAGCAUUAGAUUAUUAGGAUUAUUAUUAGAGACAUCAACAAAAGAUCAUACCAUAUAACGUUCAUGUAAUACAUGCCAUGUUUUAUAUCUUCCUAAUCGCUCUCAAAUAUUAAUCUUAACCUAUUACGUAUGCUGUAAGAAAAUGUGUAAUGUGGUGGAGAAGUAUAAAGUAAGGUGUCCGAGCAUAGUCUCGGAAGGAGGGGUGAACUGACAUCUUGAGUCCAAAUAUUAACCUCCUAUUUUCUCAAUUUGACUCAAUUACAGUUAAACAUUCAUUCACUAGUGGACCCCUAUUAAAACAGCAUUCGUGCUGAUAAGGGCGUUCCAUGUCACAAGGGGUAAAUAAAUAAAUACAAAUAAAAACCUCUUGGUUCGUUGCAUAUCCAUUUCAAAAAAGGUCAAUUGUAUUUAUGUCACUGACAUAAAGGUAUCAAAACUACAAAAAGACCUUACCCGAAUAUUUAAAUCAGAUCAAGUUCUAAACUCCAUGGGGUUGCAGUCUCCCAGCCGCCCCUCCCUUUUUCGUUUGUGCACAGGCCUAUAGUUGGGCGUCGACAGCGGGACCCAUACAGAUUUUUGUUAUUUUUUUCUCAUAUUUAUCCGAAUGAAAACCUUUUCUUUGUACUCUUGUUUUAUUUUUAUUUAUUUAUUGGAAAAUCCAUGUUUAUGCUGACGUGAGUGGCACAUGAUAAUAAAGAUGAUGAUGAUGAUGAUAAUAAGAAUGAUAAUAAUUAGAUUUAUAUAUCACCUUUUCCAGACUAUAAAAGGCGCUGUCCUUUGGUAUAUCAAUAAACAAAAUAAGAAUUGUGCAAGGAUGUUUUCAGAUGCUUUUUUUAAAGAAAUCAAGUGAAGUACUCUUUGUAAUAAAAAGCAUAAAGGUUAUUUCUUAGGCGUCGGGCAAUGGAUUGAAAGGAUUUAAAGCCAGCCUGUUUUCGGGAUUCGGAAAUGAGGAGGGAAAGAGUUGGUGUAGAUCAAAGUGAAUAUUCUGCUACUGAAAGAGUGAGGAGAUGCAUAGGAGAAUUGUGGUUAACAUAGCCUUAAAAUUUCAAACAAGAAAUCCGGAUAUUGCUCGUAUGAUAUCAAUGCUAAUUUGUGUCCAUUUAUGUACGUAGAUUAGUUUCAAUCAUUAACAUACUUGUCAAACAAUGAUGAUUAUUAUGAGUUUUCUUGGAAGUAAAGUAAUCGAAUAAAUGUAUUUUUUGUAAAAUUGA